GCAAGAUGGCAACGAGUCGAUUGAUCUAGAGGCCGAGGAUAUUGACAUCGACGCUGAAGGGGAGGAUGAGGAGAUUGAUGAAGCCAUGGAUGGAGAUGACUGUUGGUUUGUUUUUUCUUGGUUUCUUAUGUUGCUCACACAAGUCUCGCAGUCGAUCUUGCUGUGGCCACCAAGAAGACCCUUCUCCGUAUGCGUCGUGAUAACCUUGUACGAAUGUGUGAGACUCGGGAUUUGGAUGUUGCUGGUACGAAACCUCAACUCGCGCGUUCACUCCUUCAGUGGCGAGAUCAACGAACGAGCGAGUUCUCUUCCCCCUCUUCCGCAGGCACCAUUCGCCCACCAUCAACUGUUCAUCACCGUGCCAAUGGCCGGAGAAAGACCAAGAGCCGCAGCCAAAGCAAUACCCCUCCAGUCCUCCUGCGCCCCCAUCGAAUUCAUCAAGACGAACCGCGUACUCCUCCUUUGUCUGACGAGAACACGACUCAGCCAGAGCCAGAGCUAGAAUUGGAUCUCGAAAGCCUGGGUUUAGAAGAUCGAGAAAUUCCGCCCGAUAAACUCACGAAGCUGGAGAAGAUUGGAAGUGGGGGCUUCAAGGAUGUAUUCAUCGGUAAGUUCAAGGGCAGACGGGUUGCCAUUGCAGAAUUUCGAGAUCAGCUCAAUUCAAUGGAUAUCAAAGAACUCAAGCUUCUCGGUGGCUUUGAUCAUCCGAAUAUAGUUCGCUUCCUUGGUGUCAGCAUACCGGAGAACACCCGCGAGACACCCGUCAUGAUAGUCAGCGAACUUUGUUCAAAUGGCGACCUCUUCGACUAUAUUCGCAAUGUUCCAGCUCCGUCCCUGAAAAAAGUUUUGAACAUUAUGCUGGAUAUUGCGCGUGGCAUGGAAUACCUUCAUAUGCGCAAGCCUUCUGUCAUCCACAGAGACUGUAAAUCAUCCAACAUCCUCAUUACUUCUCGUGGCACGGCGAAGAUUGCAGACUUUGGUUUGGCCAAAGUGAAACAGUCCACGCGGUCCAUGGUUCGCAGUCUGGUUGGCACUGUUAACUGGCAAGCGCCCGAACUUUGGCAUGCGCACCCCAAGUACAACCACAAAGUUGAUGUCUUUUCGUGCGCCAUGGUGUACUGGGAAAUGUUCCAAUGGCACGUACCCAGCAAGAAGUUCCCUUGGGAGGGAAUGAACGAGCAUGCUAUUUACGAUAUCGUUGGAGCCAAACGCCAGAGACCGUCUAUCACAGGCCUGCGGAAACAAUGGUGUCCAGACAUCAUCGACCUCCUCGAGCGGAUGUGGGCUCAUGAUCCUAAUGACCGCCCAACUAUGUCUGAAGUCGUCAAAGAGUUGGAACGCAUCGCCGCCUGACGAUCUCUGGCACUCUCAAGCGGACUCAAAUCUUUAUUCAAUUAUUGUCAGUUUUGAACCUGACGUUGUCGCUAACGGAGAUUCCUUGGUUUGCAUCGGGGAUGAUUGUUUAUUCUGUGUCAUUGGUUCUCUAUACACUAUCAUCUUCGUCAUUAUCAUUUGCCCUCAACUUAUAUCCCGCAUUGUACCCUACCGUAGCAAUCCAAAUCCGUGCUUGAUGUGUAACCGGGAGGCGUUCACCACCCUGAAAUCGGUGCAUUAAAGUGCAAUUAUUACGGGUACUUGAUACAUGUCAGAGAAGGCAAGGAAAACUAAUGCGUUGUUGAGGUUUGAAGUUCGAGGGACAAACUGUUACUCAG